AUGGCGGCUGUCAAUCGAAACAUGUUCGAAGCCACCGUCACGGCGGACAUGCCGGGAGAUGCAUCGUUGAUGGUGUUGCCGUUGAACUUGAUCGACAAGAUUAUUUCCUAUGUCGACGACAUCGCAGACCUCGCCCGACUAUGCAGGACCUGCCGGGUUCUUAACUACAUGUCCCUCCCGCUCCUCUACAGAAACCUCACUCUAACCUCCUACGAUAAAAUCCGGUAUCGCGGCGAAGAACCCGAAGGCGUGGGCAGCGCAAGCCCCUUCUCCAUGGGCCUUAAUGCCGUCAUCACACGGCCAUAUGCGAAACUCGUGCGAUCGCUGACCCUCCGCGGCGAAUGGCGCGAACACGAACUCGAGGAACACGCGCGAGUCGGACGGGUCCCAGAUUCCUCGAUGAUGUUGAACAUCGCUGUCCGCGCGGCCGUGGACCGCAUGCCGGAUCUGGAGAGCUUUAGCUGGGAGCUUAAUACGAAGAUGUUGGAGACGGUUUAUCUGGGACUUGCGCAGUUGCCGAGAUUGACGUCGCUGAAUGUGCGGUUUCCGAGUAGUCGGCAUCCGAGACCGACGAUUGUUAUUCCGCCGAUGCCGCAUUUGCGGAGGUUGAAGUUGACGGAUAUUGAUCCGUUGUGCUAUCCGGAUGAUAUUUCGACGCUGUUGUGGAAGUGUAAGAAGUUGAAGGAGUUGAAUAUGCAUUGGUCGUCGCGGAUGCGCAAUGCGCAGGAGCCGAGUGUUAUGCUGCAUGAUUACUUUCGCAAAUGUAUUUCGGCGAGGGAGCCGUUGGCUGUGCGGAAGAUUGCGCUACAAAAUUUGUAUGCGCUGCACAGUGAGGAGUUUAAUAUCGCGUUCGAUCCUAAUACGGUGGAGGACGUUACGGUCUUGAACAAUACUGGGUCUGAUGGUCCGAGUUUCAUGAAUACGUUUGUGGACAGGAGCUGGCCGACGAAUCCGCCCAAUAGUCGCCUGCAGAUCAAGUGCAUGAGACAGGAUGCGCUGUCCAAGAGACAUGCUGAAUUCCUGGCGAAUUUCACUGGACUAGAGAGGCUCUAUUUCGUCAAUUCGCCCCGCGAUGCCAAUGAUGUGACCUCCCCUAGAGUUCCAAGUUCAUCCUCGCCGCGGCCGUCUUCAGACUACGCCUAUCCUCAUUCGAACUCCCCUACCGUCUCAUCACCAAACCCUAGCAACCUCCAACUCAACAUCAGAGAUAACUACUUAAAUGCCAUCGUGACAAAUCACGCCUCCACACUACGCCACCUCCUACUCCCAUCCCGAUGGCCUCUCUCCGCAUCUACCCUCGCCCGCCUUGUCCACGCGAGCCCAAAUCUAGAACAAUUCGCUUUUGCAACGGAGUUGAGCAGUAUGGAGACGUUAGGUCUUAUUCUUCCAUUCCUCCGGAAACUCAGCGCAUUACGCCUUCUCAUUCCCACGGAGAAUAUCACCUCGCCGCCUAAUGGAACGCCGGGGACAGGGACCGCACCGCGGACUACAAACAAUGCGAACAGAUUCGCGUCUGCGCGAACGCUGCAAGAUCUUGUCGAAUUGGACGAUAAGAUCCUCGUCGAGAAGAUGAGCGUGCCGCUGGCUGAUAAGAGUAUCUUCAGUAAUCUAAAGGUACUAGGAGUGGGCUGGAAAGCAUGGGAAUUGCGGGAGUUCUACAUCGCAGAAGACCACCAGCCGCCGUCGCAACAACGGCCGCAUACUGAAGAAUCUCCAAACCACUACGCCUCCACACCAACCCUCCAAACACCCACAUUCGAAAACGGCACUCCAAACCAAGAUCUAGGCAUGAACACCACCUCCCCUCACUCACACCUCCUUCCUACCACAGCACAUCCUCAAUCCGGCCAUCCAAAUUCCCGUCAACAAUCCACCACCUCAAUCCUCGGCAAACGUCCCCGAGAUGACGACCACCAAUCUCCCCUCACAACCUCGCCCACAAAAACCCGGCACCACCAACCGCUCCCACACGAGAACUUUCUCGCGGAAUUAGAUGAUAAUAUUUGUCUGCCGCUGCAGACGAAUCCUGAUGCGCAGCGUUGGAGACGGCGGUUACGGCGUGUUGGGUGGGAGGUGCUCAAGGACUGGGAGAUUUGGGGGUUGGAUAAGCAGGAGUUAUGA